GUGAGAGAGUGUGUGUGAGAGAGAGAGAGGGAGGAAGUCCAUACAAGUUUGUUUCACUGGACUCAACUCAGUGCUGGGACUAAGCGCAGUGUCGCAUCUGGAGGUCGGAGCUGCAGACGUGAAGCCAAACGGGUGCAGCGGAGGAAGAGCUGCCCAGAGGCUUUUCUACAGCCAGGACACACUGAUAGAGACAGACAGACAGAGAGACAGUAGACAGGGGGAUCAGUGCUCUACUGGCUCAACAAACAAAUAUGGCUGCUAAAUUUCUGCCAGGCCUUUGCCUUCUCUGCAUCCUCUCAGUGAUUGCCUUCCCAACUUCUGCUGCCAGGCUUGGGGAACAGCAACAGACAGUAUUGAAAGUGUGCAAAAAGGGACAAUUCCUCAGUGAGCAGAACGUGUGCUUACCAUGUAACUGUAAAGGCCGUGCUGACUCAUGUGAGGACAUCACAGGCAUAUGUAUUAACUGCAGAAAUCACAGCAUGGGUAAUUUUUGUGAGAUGUGUGAGGAUGGCUACAUACUGUCUGCAAGUGUGGACGGACGCUCCAACUGCAAAUCAUGUGCCUGCCCCCUCUCUGUCCCCUCCAACAACUUCGCAGUGCGCUGUCACAGAGGAGCUUCCACUCUGCGGUGCAAGUGCCAAGAGGGCUACGCUGGACAUUUCUGUGAGAGGUGUGCUCCAGCUUACUAUGGCAACCCCAUGGUGAUUGGCAACUCCUGUAAGAGGUGUGAGUGCAACGGCAACUCCGACCCCAACCUGAUCUUCAACGAGUGCCACAAUGUGACGGGCCACUGCCAGCACUGCUGGGGAGACACUGCUGGUGCCAACUGUGAGAGGUGUGCCCCUGGUUUCUAUGGCGACGCUAUCAAUGCCAAGAACUGCAGAGAGUGUGCGUGCAAUAAAUGUGGCACCUCAUCAUGUGACGACCGGACGGGAGUGUGUCACUGCAAACCAGGUGUGACUGGACGUCUCUGUGACCAGUGUGAGGAGGGCUACUCUGGUUUCUCCAGCUGCCACGGCUGUCGGAGGUGUGAAUGUGGGCCGGCUUCCCUCCGUCCCACCUGUCAUCCUCUCACCCACAGCUGCCCAUGCCGCCCAGGGGCCGGAGGCCGUUACUGCGAGCGCUGCCUCCCGGGUUACUGGGACUACAGCCCCUCCGGCUGCCAGAAGUGUAACUGUGAGAGUGGCCACUGUGACAUGCACACAGGAGAGUGUCUGUUAGAGGCUGCAACAGUCAACCUGUGCAACAUCAGUUGUGAUGACUGCAUUUGGAGUCUGAUCGGGGACUUGAGGCAGUCCAAUAAGACGCUGGACCAGCUGAAAGUUGGAGUGUUGAACAUCUCCACUGGAGCUGCUGCUAAUGACAGGCUCAAGUACUACAACUACACAGCACAUCGACUGCAGACUCAGUUUCAAGGCUGGAGAAACAAGUCGUCUGCAAUGAAGGCGCAGACCGGGGAGCUGGAGGAGGCCACAAGCACUGUGGUGCUGGACAUCAAACAGCUGGGAGAAUCGGAGAUGCUGGUGAAAACUUUGGGGGACAGUCUGGACAACGACACGCUGGAGACCUUAUCCCUGGCCGAGCAGCUCAGCACGAACCUCACUGAUCUUAACGUUCGCAUCGAAGAAAUGGUCCAUGACUGGGAGCUGUACAGUGUUCAACAGGACGUGGAUCCAGAUGUGGUCAGACGCAACGCGGAGAUGGCAGAGGACAUGGUGACCUUGAUGAGGAACCUGGACCUUUCCCCAAGACAGCCUGUCGCCAUUGAUGAGUCAACUGAAGCCCAUGACCUGCUUAGGCGAAUUCGUCAGUUGGAGAAGAAGCUGAUCGGCACGGACGGCCGACUCUCACCCAUCAGGGAGAUUCUGUCGCGCUUCUCUGCAAAACUGUCAGAAGCUCAGAAUUUUCUCCAGAAAGCAGUCAGCACCGUUCAGGAGACGGAGGACAUGAACAGAGCCAGUGUUCUCAAAUUCCAGAGGACUGAGGCAAAGCAGCAGACGCUGACAGACGACUACACUGGUGUCAAUGACACACUUGAAGAAGCCAAAGUCUUCCUCUCAGACACAGAGACGACCGUGGCUGAGGUGGAUGCCAUGGUGCAAAAUGUGACACAGUACCAUGCGGCGAUCGAUGGCGCCAGACAAAAGCUGACGGAGAAGACGGAGCGUCUGUCACUGGCUGACAGGGACCUGGUUCAGAGCGCCGACGAGCACGCCGACGAACUGGAGAGACAGGCCAACGAUCUGGAGGAGGAUCUGAAAGCGAGCGAUGCCAAUGGAUUUGUGCAGAGAGCCAUUAGUGCUGCCAACGUCUACAACAACAUCGUGAAAUACGUCGAUGACGCAAACAUCACCUCUCUCACUACUUUAGACUUAUCCCAGAGAGCUGAAGACGCCAUAACUGGGAUCAACACACAGCUCGGACACCUGGUGACGCAGAGCGACAGUGUUUUCAAGGAAUCUGUUUCAUUACACUCAGAACAAAUCGAGGUUGAAAAUGAGGUGGCGGACAAGCUAAAAUACAUCGAGGAGACCAAAGAGACCAUGGAGAAAAACACCAAAAAACUUGCAGAAAUAGUUCAGGAUAUCAGUGAAAUUCAUGCAGACAGAACACCACACCGUCUGGCGGACACACUGCAGCUGGCUGAAGGGAAUCUAAACCGUUCAGCUGAGGUCCUUCAAACUGUCACACCCAUCAGCACCAAGGUUGAGGAAUGGGCCACCAACAUGAGAAACAAUGAAUACUCCACUGAUGCUUAUGAAAAGGCUAUUUCCUCUGCCGGAGAAGCAGUGGAGAACCUGAAUGUGCUUGUACCUGAGCUGCUGGACAAGCUGAAGGUGGUGGAGGAGAAAAAGCCUAUCAACAAUGUGACCACCAACAUCAUGAGGAUCAGAGAGCUCAUUGCCCAGGCUAGGAGUGUGGCCAAGAAAGUCCAAGUGUCUAUGAAGUUCAACGGCCAAUCUUCAGUGGAGGUCCAACCUCACAGUGACCUGGAAGAACUGAAGACAGUGACUUCCAUCAGCUUGUUCAUGAGAGUGGACCCUGACAAGGACCCCAUUGAGGACCGCCUCAUCCUUUAUCUGGGAGACAGAAACGGCAGGAAAGACUACAUGGGUCUGGCCAUCAAGAACGACAACCUGGUGUACGUGUACAACCUCGGGGGUGAAGAUGUUGAGAUCCCGCUGAGUUCAAAGCCUGUCAGCCAAUGGCCUGCAGUCUUCAACUACAUCAAAGUGGAGAGGCUGGGCAGACAUGGAAAAGUCUUCCUGACCAUCCCGAGUCAGAGCUCUACAGAUGAGCAGAAGUUCAUCCAGAAGGGCGUGGCUCCAGGCACCGACUCACUGUUUGACAUUGAUCCCAAGGACAUGGUAUUCUUUGUAGGCGGCGUUCCACCAAAUGUCAAGCUUCCGCCCCCUCUGAGUCUCGCUCCAUUUGUGGGCUGCAUCGAGUUGGCCUCACUGAACAACGAUGUCAUCAGUCUGUACAAUUUCAAGGCAACUCAUGAAAUGGAUGUGAUUACAUCACCACCGUGCCCCAGGUACAAGUUAGCUUUCUCACAGAGUCGCGUGGCCAGCUAUCUGUUUGAUGGAACCGGCUACGCACUCGUAAAUAACAUUCAAAGGAGGGGAAAAUUUGGAGUGGUCACAAGAUUUGAUAUUGCCGUACGAACAGUGGCAAACAAUGGCAUCCUUUUCUUAAUGGUCAAUGGGGAGCAAUACUUCCUUUUAGAAUUAAAGAACGGAUUCCUGCGCUUGAUGUAUGACUUUGGCUUCAGCAACGGGCCCAAACUUUUGGAGAAUAACUUACCAAAGCUGCAAAUAAAUGAUGCAAGAUACCACGAGGUUUCAGUCAUCUACCAUCAGUCAAAGAAGGUGAUCCUGCUCGUGGACAAGAGCCACGUAAAAUCUAUGGAGAAUCCAAAGACCACACUGCCCUUCACAGACAUCUACAUAGGCGGGGCUCCAUCAAGCAUCCUCAAAUCCAGGCCGGAGUUGUCUGAUGUGAUGGGCUUGAAAGGCUGCGUGAAAGGUUUCCAGUUCCAGAAGAAAGACUUCAACUUGCUCGAGGAGCCUGGCACCAUCGGUAUCAGCAGUGGCUGCCCUGAGGAGCACUUUAUGUCCCAUAAAGCCUAUUUCUCCGGAGAGAGCUACCUCGGAUCCACGGCAAAGUUUUCACCAUUCGACAACUUUGAGGGAGGACUCAACUUCAGAACAGUGCAACCCAGCGGACUUCUGUUCUACCACAGUGACGGGUCUGAUGAGUUCAGCGUUUCCCUGGAGAAUGGAGCCGUGGUGCUGAACACCAGAGGCACCAGAGUCAAAUCGCACAAGAAACAAUACAGCGAUGGAAGGACACACUUCCUAGUGGCUACAGUGAACAGUCAGAAGUAUUCUCUGUUGGUGGAUGACAAAGACAAACAGGAGAAGAAACGUCCGUCCUCAGCUACAAGAUCGACGUCGGGCUCUGUGAUGAGGACCUUCUAUUACGGAGGCUCGCCAAGCAGCAGCUUCAAGAACUUCACAGGCUGCAUCAGCCACGCCUACAUCAACAGACAAGAUCGGGACAUUGAACCUGAAGACUUUCAGCGGUACACGGAGAAGGUGCAGACGUCCCUGCAGGACUGUCCGGUUCAGCGCCCCCCUGCUGCUCUGCUGUCACCACACAAAACCAAACCCAGCCACAAGGUUACCAGGGACGAGCCCACCCUCCCCCUAGGCCUCAUGGAACUGAGGAGUGAUGAGGAGCAGCCAGCCGAGGCAAGCAUUGAAUCGUGCUACCUUUCCUCCAGUCCUAAAGCAUUUCACCAAGCCUUUCACUACGGUGGCAUCGCCAACAGCAGACAGCACUACACUGAUCUCCCAGACUCCUUCUCUGAGAGAUCCCACUUCUCUCUGUCCCUGAAGAGCUACUCGUCCUUUGGUCUCAUCUUUUACGUCGCUGAUGCUCAAGAGGACAAUUUUAUGACUCUGUUCCUCGCCCACGGGAAGCUGGUGUACACCUUCAACACAGCAGAUCAGAGAGUCAAAAUCAAGACUGAUGAGAAAUACAACGAUGGUGCAUGGCACAAUGUCAUUGUUGUCCGUGAUGGAAGUAAAGGCCAGUUAAUAAUAGAUGGGCUCACGGUGCUGGAGGACAGAGUUCAGGAAAGCAACACCGCCUGGAAUGUCAGCAGCCCCCUCUAUGUCGGAGGAGUUCCUCCUGGCAAAGCACAGAAGAAUAUUCAGAGAAACUCUGUGUACAGCUUCACCGGCUGUUUGAAGAACCUUCAGCUGGAUGGACGAUGGCUGUCGUCAGUGUCAAAGACCUAUGCUGUCACUCCCUGCUUUGAUGGACUUCCUGAGGCAGGGACAUAUUUCUCUCAGGAAGGAGGAUACGUUGUGCUUGAAAAGUCCUUAAACCUUGGCCUGAACUUUGAGCUGCAUAUGGAAGUCCGCCCCCGCGUGACAUCAGGGGUGCUAAUGCAUGUGAGCCAAGCAAGGGGCUUUGCAAUCAUGUUACUUCAUGAAGGAGCAGUGGUGUUUCUCGUAAAUGAUGGAACCAAUGAGUUCUUCACAAAGGUGACUCCACGGGAGGGUGUCUGUGGAGGCAACUGGCAUAGAAUCUCUGUGAUUCGACAUGCCAACGUUGUCCAGCUGGAUGUGGACUCUGAGGUCAACCACGUGGUGGGACCUGUGGAUGCCAAUGCCAGUGAUAGUACAUAUCCAGUGUUCAUUGGUGCUACAAAUCCGCUCCUGCCAGAGAACACUCUGACCACAAACUCCUACGUCGGCUGCAUGAGAAACCUGGCCAUUAAUAACAAGGCUGCGAGAUUGAGCAACGCCUACCUCAUCGUUGGAGCCGUCAGUAUCGGAUCGUGUCCAGCAGCAUAACACUUUAGUCACAAGCACCAUUAACCCCAGUACAGCACUGACCAAACACGUUAAAAACAGCCUCUCCCUGAUAAACAUAACCAUGAAGUAUUGCUGUUUGUUUUCACUCUGUCAGUUUGUUUUAAAUAGUCUGUUUAUCACAUGAUCAGGAUCAUUCUAACAUGUUAAAACGUGGUUGUACAGCAUAAGGUACUGACUCAACUUGGCAGGUUUGCUGUGAACAGCAAAAACUGAUUUUAGACUUUGGUGUUUGAAAUCCUUUCUAUGGACUCGGCUCAGUGACACAAACUUACAGAAGAGGCAGCUCCUGUGUCCAUGUUUUUACUGAGAGCAAACCUGUGUGUUCUCUGUCAGCACCUCAUACAACCACAGACCAAUCACUUUCAUUCAUUUACAGUAGAAAAGACGCUUUCAUUUCAAGGCCCAAAAACUAAAUUGAUAUCUUGACUUUGUACAUUUCUCGGUAUGAAAAGUUUGUUUAGAAAAGCACAACAUGUCUCAAACUAAUGUAUUCAGCAGUUAAAAGCCGUGAUGGUGUGUGUCCAUGUUCAUCCAUUUAUCACUUAAUAACUGUCAAGACAGAGUUAUUAUUUUUUUAUUAUGUCUGAUAGCCUUCUCAAACAAUUCAUCAGUCAACACUGUCACCAACAAAUGAUUAAAUCACUUUUUUUAUUAUUA